AUGCAGCCGAGCGCAGAGGUCAACCAACGGCUCGCCAGGAUCUCCGCUCACCUCUGCACCGAAUUCCCCCGGGUAUUUCUUUCUUAUUCCUUGCAGGCCCACCUUCUGAUUUACGGUCUGAAGUCUGCUGAGAGGCACACUUUUUUGCGUUCGUACGUUUAGGUUGCUCCUCUUGCUUCUCCUUUGCAAUCUUGUAUGUUUGUUCCGGAUUCAUACAGCCGAGAGGGUGGCUUUGCCUCACAGUCAUCUUUUAUUAUCUCUACAAUUGAGCUCAAUUUCACCGGAUUUCUGAGAAUCGUUUGAUUUUUCAUAUAAAAGAUGAGAUGAACAAAUUAGUUUCGUUUUUGUAGUUGUGCAAGCUUAUUGAUCUUCUGUUGUUAAUUGGUGUAUCUUUUGGCAUUGGGUAUUACUUGUUGUCACCCACCCUGAUUUGCAAUCACCAAUGUUUUAUUUUCAUUCGAUUUUAGUGCUGUAUAUGUUCCCGUCUUCCGUUUUCUAUCUUCUCGCUUUACGUUUCAAUUCAUGACUUACUAGGAUUCGAUCAUUCUAACGAGAAUGCUCUGAUUUUUCUAUGAUUAAAUAUCCUCGUUUAAUCGAAUAUACAGUUUUUCAUAGUGUUGGUGGAAGCAUCAUCUCAAAUCCUUUCUCUUUUUUUUUGGAUAUCUAAAGUCAGAUAUGAUUUGGACCUUUUGAAUUGAUCAGUGUAGAAGAUAUUAAAACCAUUCUUCUUUCAGUGGAUGAGACUGAAAUUCUUUGCGGAUUUUUGAAAAUAUUAGGUUGGAGAGAGUUCAUUGACUCAGAGCAACUGUCGAGCCAAAGGGGGGGCACCCGGUUUCAAGGUUGCUGUAUUGGGUGCAGCAGGGGGCAUAGGGCAGUCCCUGUCACUUCUGAUGAAGAUAAACCCACUGGUUUCAGUCCUCCAUCUCUAUGAUGUUGUCAACACUCCUGGAGUCACAGCCGACAUCAGUCACAUGGAUACCGGUGCUGUGGUAAUCUCUUGAUUCCUAACUUUCACUUUUCAGCAAAAUCGUAUUGAUCAUGUUCCUCAUUCAUUUUUUUUCAUCUUUGUUUUUAAAUUGUAUACCAUAAACUUCAUCUUGAGGCUAACAUAAUCUUCAUAAUGGUAUCUUCCUGUCUAGAUGUUGAAGAAUUCUUUCGUUUCAAUAUGCAGGUCAGGGGAUUUCUAGGCCAGGCCCAGCUGGAGCACGCACUGACGGGGAUGGAUCUUGUAAUAAUUCCAGCUGGCGUUCCAAGGAAGCCCGGAAUGACCCGGGACGAUCUGUUCAAGAUCAAUGCUGGGAUCGUCAGGACACUGUGUGAGGGAAUUGCCAAGUGCUGCCCCCAUGCGAUCGUGAACUUGAUUAGCAAUCCGGUGAACUCCACUGUUCCAAUCGCAGCAGAGGUUUUCAAGAAGGCCGGUGUCUAUGAUCCCAAGCGACUAUUGGGUGUGACAACUCUCGAUGUUGUGAGAGCCAACACCUUUGUGGUGAGCAUUGGACCUCCUCUGGCAUCUACUCCAGACAUCUUAUUAUAUUCUUCAUUUGAACUUACAUGAAGAACAUUGGGGAUUUUGGCUGGAUGAUCAUUGUUUUUAUUCAUGUCUACUCUGCUAUUUUCUAUUUUUUCAGGCGGAAGUACUGGGAGUAGACCCGAGGGAGGUCAAUGUUCCUGUUGUUGGCGGUCAUGCAGGUGUUACAAUUUUACCACUUUUGUCACAGGUUGGAAACUCCUCUCUCUCUCUCUCUCUCUCUCCUCUCUCUCAGUAAUCAUCUGCGUUUCUAUGCUAAUUGGAGGUUUUACACAGGUGAAGCCCCCUAGUUCAUUCACUGCAGAGGAAAUCAGCUAUUUAACUGAUCGCAUACAAAAUGGAGGAACAGAGGUUGUCGAGGUGAGGGUUUUUACUUUCCUCAUUUUUUUAGCUAGUAGUAGAAGAGCUCAUUCACAAUCAUCAUCUUCUCAAUUCUAUUUAUUUCUAUACUUAUUACUCGUAACCUUGGACUACAUACUGGAAAUUUUCACUAUGCUAAGUUAAGAGAAUAGCAGGGGACUCGUAAAUAGCAUUUCACCACCAGUAUCAGGAGUCGUUAGACGUCCCCUUUUAUGAAUUUAUCUCAGGGGGAUCUUAAUUCCAACCCCUGAAAUAAUAAUAAACUUACAGAUUCCCUCUCCAUUAAAAGCUUAUCGAUUUUGAGCCUUCUGCAGCAACAUCAUGCAAUGUUUCUGAGGGAAGCAUCAAAGAAAUAGGACAAUUGCGCUUAUUUUCCUAUAAGUAGGUGGCUUGAUGCUGCUGAGAAUGAGAAUCCAUGAGAGAAAACUGAUCCAUUUUCCUUCUGUUUCAGGCAAAAGCUGGGGCCGGCUCUGCAACACUCUCAAUGGUCAGUGACUCAUCCCUGUUCCCAUCAGUUCAUCUUCUCAAUCCUCUUUACACAAACCCAUCUUCUGGAAUUUUCCCAAAAUGAAACAUUCUAAAACCACACGCAGGCAUAUGCUGCUGCUAAAUUUGCUGAUGCAUGCUUGAGGGGAUUGAGGGGCGACGCAGGGAUUGUAGAAUGCUCCUUUGUUGCCUCUCAGGUGAUCUUCUCCCAGCGGCACCUUCUCUAGUGUUUUUUGUCAUUCUCUCUCUCUAUGGUUCUUUGCUGAGGUGUCCUUUGGCCAUGCUGCAGGUCACCGAGCUGCCUUUCUUCGCCACAAGAGUCCGGCUGGGGCGUGGUGGAGCUGAGGAGAUAUUCCCUCUUGGCCCCCUGAAUGAGUAUGAAAGGUAAACGAUUUCCAUCUUCAUGAUUGAUGGGGACCCGACCAUAUAUAUAUAUAUAUAUAUAUAUAUAUAUGCGUAAGUUUUUAUGUACCCAUUAUUGGGAUCGAUUGACUUUCAAUACCCGUUGACCUUGGACCCCUAAUCUGAUGUAAUCUUGUCAUUCAUAUCCGCUGCAAAGUCUUCAAAGUCUUCUUUGGGUUGGUGAUUGACAGGGCGGGGUUGGAGAAAGCGAAGAAGGAGCUGGCCGGGAGCAUUGACAAGGGGGUCUCUUUCAUCAGGAACUGA